AUGUCCUGUGGCGAGAAGAAGGCUUUAGCUGGUGUCGAGGUUGAAGUCGGAGGUUGGGAAAUCCUAUCCGCUCAUCCUGUUCACGAACAUAAACUUCGCCGUGGUGGUCCUAUCGCAGUGUCUUGCUUGGGUCUUGUUGGUAAGAUGACUGGUGCAGCCGCCGUAAUCAGCAGCGACAUCCAUCUGGACAGUCAAGGAAAAUUGAGAUACUCUGUUCUCUUGAAGGCUCUGGGUGUGCUUGGAUUCUGGAUCGGCGACCUCAGCAAGAGUUGGAGCGUUGANAAAGACAUGCUGGUCUUGAUCUUUGGCAAGCAGAUUCCUAAAGAGUGUGUGAGUGCUAAUGGAGAUGUCUUGGAGAUUGAUGUGGAUAGAGCUUGGAAAGAGACUGGGCAGAAGGCUGGAUGGUCAAACGAGAUCGAGGUUGAGUUGUUCGUGUCUUAG